AUGGCCCUCUCAUCCCGCGCCUCCAAGCUCACAAGUCCCGAUCCCUCCUUCAACAUCAUCCUCGACAACUGGCACGCCUCCUCCAACCCUUCCGGCUACGUCAACCUCGGCGUCGCGGAAAACUACCUCAUGCACGACUCCCUCUCGCAGCACCUGCACGCCAAUCUCAAAGUCCCCACCUCGGCUUUUACGUACGGCGACUUCUGGAAGCGCGGCAGAACCGCCAUUGCGCGCUUCCUCUCGAAGCAUCUACACCCCAUACGGCCUAUAGAGCCGGACCAUGUCGCCGUCACCAGCGGGUGUACCUCUGCCGUCGAGCAUCUGGCGUGGGCAUUCGCCGAUCCGGGCGAGUGUAUCCUUCUCGGACGGCCGUAUUACGGGGCUUUCCCGAGUGAUGCGACGCUCCGGACGGGCACCAAGCUGGCAUUUGUCGAUUUCGGCGACGAUGAUCCUCUGGGAGUAAAUUGUGUCCAAAGAUACGAAAUCACGCUCUUGGAAGCUCGAGCAAGAGGUGAAAAAGUCACCGGCCUGCUCCUCUGCCAUCCGCACAACCCCCUCGGACGAUGCUACUCCCGCACCGUCCUCAUCGACCUGCUCAAAUUCUGCAACAAGUACAAGCUCCACCUCAUCAGCGACGAAAUCUACGCCCUCUCCAUAUUCGAGAACAAGAUCGACUCGGAUCCGCCCGCAGAGCCCUUCCACUCCGUCCUUUCCAUCGAUCCCACAGGCCUGAUCGACCCUUCGCUCAUCCACGUCCUCUGGGGCAUGUCCAAAGACUUUGGCGCAAACGGUCUCCGCCUAGGCGCAAUCAUCUCGCAGCACAACGCGGACUUGAUGACGGCUCUAGGCCCCGCCGUCUUAUUCACCACAAUCUCCUCUCUCUCAGAGCACGUAUUUGCCAAUGUCCUAGAGGACGACGCCUGGGUCGAGAACUACAUCACAGAGAACCAGCGCAAACUAGCAGAAUACUACGACUACAUCGCUAAUUGGGCCAAGAAGAACGACAUUGUCUAUGCGCCGGGCGUCAACGCCGGCUUCUUUCUCUGGGUCGACCUAGGAAGAUCAUAUCUGAAACACCAGGACGAUAUCGCUGCCAAUGCCAUCAAGCCCGAGGAUCUCGACAGCGUCGUUAUGAAUGUCUUGCUGAAACACAAAGUCUUCCUCGCAUCGGGAGAACGUUUCGGGUCCGAAAAGCCAGGCUGGUUCCGUAUUGUCUUUACUCAUGACAAGGAAUAUCUAGAAGAGGGCCUCCGCCGGAUCGUCGCAGCAGUGACAACCCCCGAGUCUGCGCGAAACUGA